UUUAGAAUGUCUGUUUCAUUUCCUCUCUGAAAAUUUUCUCUGGGAUUCAAAGGCCUACCUUCCCCUAACAAUGCAUUAGUUGGAAUUUUUUUUUUUGCAGUUUUGGGCUUGGGCCGGGGCCAGGUUUGAACCCGCCACCACUGGCACAUGGGGCUGGCGCCCUAAUCCUUUGAGCCACAGGCGCCACCCCACCUGGAUUUUUUUAAUUAUUAAAUAACUCAAAAGUCUGCAGUUAUAUCUUCUGACUUCGUAAGGUCCAUGUCUUUGCAACUUUGCCCUGAAGUUAACAAGGUAUUUCUUCAAUUGACUUCGAAAAGGUUUAACAAACGCAUUUUUAACCAAGUUUUUUUGUUUGUUUGUUUUUAGUGUAUGUGGGAGGGAGAGGAAAAGUCUAGUAUACUCCAUUUUUGAAAAAUCUAAAACUAUGAUUCUUUCCUUUUUUGGAUAAUAAUGGAUCUACAGUGUAUGACAUGCAGUUGAAGAAUUUGAAAAAGGAAAAUCCAUAAGAUAAAGUAGCUCUGUAUAUAAUACACUUUUGUUUGAUUCAAUAAGAUAAGCUUAUGAGUAAACUUUAAAACUUGAAAAUCUUCACCUUGAAAAUUAAAAAUUAGGCUUAAAAUCAAUUAAGUAAUUCUUAAAUAUUAGAUAUUUUCUUAUACUUUCAGACCUGAUCAAAAUAAGUUUUGAAAAAAUUGGCAUUAGACAUUUUUAUUAACAUGUAUUAUUUUCUAUAAUAAUUUCAAACUUCCUGUCUCUUUUGUCCAUUUGUUUGUUUUCUCCUCCGUUAUUCAUUUUUUCCCCAUUUUAUUAUUUUGAACUGGGUCGUGUAGGUGGCAGUAGGGGAAAUAGUGAAAGUGACCAAUGGGGAGCACCUCCCAGCAGAUCUCAUCAGUCUGUCCUCCAGAUGCAGCCUGUGUUGUAUCUAUAUGGAUGAACAAUUUCAAUAAAAUUGAGCCCCAGGCCAUGUGCUACAUUGAAACAUCCAACUUAGAUGGUGAAACAAACUUGAAAAUUAGGCAGGGCUUACCAGCAACCUCAGAUAUCAAAGACAUUGACAGUCUGAUGAGGCUUUCUGGCAGAAUUGAGUGUGAGAGUCCUAACAGACAUCUCUACGAUUUUGUUGGAAACAUAAGACUUGAUGGACAUGGCACUGUCCCACUGGGAGCAGAUCAGAUUCUUCUCCGAGGUGCUCAGCUGAGAAACACACAGUGGGUUCAUGGAAUAGUUGUUUACACUGGACAUGACACCAAGUUGAUGCAGAAUUCAACAAGUCCCCCACUAAAGCUCUCCAAUGUGGAGCGGAUUACGAACGUACAAAUUCUGAUUUUAUUUUGUAUCUUAAUUGCCAUGUCUCUUGUCUGCUCUGUGGGUGCGGCCAUUUGGAACGGAAGGCAUUCUGGGAAGGACUGGUAUCUCAAUCUGCACUAUGGUGGUGCUAAUAAUUUUGGACUGAAUUUCUUGACAUUCAUCAUCCUUUUCAACAAUCUCAUUCCUAUCAGCUUGUUGGUUACAUUGGAAGUGGUGAAAUUUACCCAGGCCUACUUCAUAAAUUGGGAUCUUGACAUGCACUAUGAGCCCACAGACACUGCUGCUAUGGCUCGAACGUCUAAUCUGAAUGAGGAACUUGGCCAGGUUAAAUACAUAUUUUCUGACAAAACCGGUACCCUGACAUGCAAUGUAAUGCAGUUCAAGAAGUGUACCAUAGCAGGAGUUGCGUAUGGCCAUGUCCCUGACCCUGAGGAUUAUGGCUGCUCUCCUGAUGAAUGGCAGGGCUCACAGUUCGGAGAUGAAAAGACAUUUAGCGAUUCAUCGUUGCUGGAAAAUCUCCAAAAUAACCACCCAACUGCACCUAUAAUAUGUGAAUUUCUCACGAUGAUGGCGGUCUGCCACACAGCAGUACCAGAGCGAGAAGGAGACAAGAUUAUUUACCAAGCAGCAUCUCCAGAUGAGGGAGCGCUGGUCAGAGCAGCCAAGCAACUGAAUUUCGUUUUCACGGGAAGAACCCCUGACUCAGUGAUUAUAGAUUCACUGGGACAAGAAGAAAGAUAUGAAUUGCUCAAUGUCCUAGAGUUCACCAGUGCUAGAAAAAGAAUGUCAGUGAUCGUUCGCACUCCAUCCGGGAAGUUACGACUCUACUGCAAAGGAGCUGACACUGUAAUUUAUGAUCGACUGGCGGAGACUUCCAAAUACAAAGAAAUUACCCUAAAGCAUUUAGAGCAGUUUGCUACGGAAGGGUUAAGAACUUUAUGCUUUGCUGUGGCUGAGAUUUCAGAGAGCGACUUCCAGGAGUGGCGAGCAGUGUACCAGCGGGCAUCCACGUCUGUGCAGAACCGGCUGCUCAAACUCGAAGAGAGCUAUGAGUUAAUUGAAAAGAAUCUUCAACUCCUUGGAGCCACAGCCAUUGAGGAUAAAUUACAAGAUCAAGUGCCUGAAACCAUAGAAACGCUAAUGAAAGCAGACAUCAAAAUCUGGAUCCUUACAGGGGACAAGCAAGAAACCGCCAUCAACAUUGGACACUCCUGCAAACUUUUGAAGAAGAACAUGGGGAUGAUUGUCAUAAAUGAAGGCUCCCUCGACGGAACACGGGAAACGCUCAGUCGUCACUGCACAACGCUAGGUGAUGCUCUUCGGAAAGAGAAUGAUUUUGCUCUUAUAAUUGAUGGGAAAACCCUCAAGUAUGCCUUAACCUUUGGAGUACGACAGUACUUCCUGGACUUAGCUUUGUCAUGCAAAGCUGUCAUUUGCUGCAGGGUUUCUCCUCUUCAAAAAUCGGAAGUCGUUGAGAUGGUCAAGAAACAAGUCAAGGUCAUAACUCUGGCGAUCGGUGAUGGAGCGAAUGACGUCAGCAUGAUACAGACGGCACACGUGGGUGUUGGCAUAAGUGGCAAUGAAGGCCUUCAGGCCGCCAAUUCUUCUGAUUACUCCAUCGCUCAGUUCAAAUAUUUGAAGAAUUUGUUGAUGGUUCACGGGGCCUGGAACUAUAACAGAGUCUCCAAGUGCAUCUUGUACUGUUUCUACAAGAAUAUCGUCCUCUAUAUUAUUGAGAUCUGGUUUGCCUUUGUUAAUGGCUUUUCUGGACAGAUCCUCUUUGAGAGGUGGUGCAUAGGUCUCUAUAACGUGAUGUUUACAGCAAUGCCUCCCUUAACUCUUGGAAUAUUUGAGAGAUCAUGCAGAAAAGAGAAUAUGUUGAAGUAUCCUGAAUUAUACAAAACGGCUCAGCAUGCCCUGGACUUCAACACCAAGGUUUUCUGGGUUCAUUGUUUAAAUGGCCUCUUCCACUCAGUUAUUCUGUUUUGGUUUCCUCUGAAAGCCCUCCAGUAUGGUACCGUGUUUGGAAAUGGGAAAACCUCUGAUUAUCUGUUGCUGGGGAACUUUGUGUACACGUUUGUGGUGAUAACUGUGUGUUUGAAAGCUGGGUUGGAGACCUCCUACUGGACGUGGUUCAGCCACAUAGCAAUCUGGGGGAGCAUCGCCCUCUGGGUUGUGUUUUUUGGAAUCUACUCAUCUCUGUGGCCUGCUGUCCCGAUGGCCCCUGAUAUGUCAGGAGAGGCAGCCAUGUUGUUUAGUUCCGGAGUCUUCUGGACGGGCUUGUUGUUCAUUCCCGUGGCGUCUCUGCUCCUCGACGUGGCGUAUAAGGUUAUCAAGAGAACUGCUUUUAAAACAUUAGUAGAUGAAGUUCAGGAGCUGGAGGCAAAAUCUCAAGAUCCAGGAGCAGUCGUGCUUGGAAAAAGCCUCACCGAGAGGGCUCAGCUGCUCAAGAACGUCUUUAAGAAGAACCACGUGAAUUUGUACAGAUCGGAAUCACUGCAACAAAACCUGCUCCAUGGGUAUGCUUUCUCUCAAGACGAAAAUGGAAUUGUUUCCCAGUCUGAAGUGAUUCGAGCAUAUGACACCACAAAACAGAGGCCCGAUGAAUGGUGAUCAGGGAAGGGAUGAGAGGCCGGCCUUGCUACGUCUCCAAGGAGAGCCACCAGAUUGUCACCACAAUCUCUGACCAGUUCCAGUCUGGUCCACAGAGAAAAGGGGUGGAUCUGAGCUCAUCUCGAGGAUGGACAUUCGGAUCCAUGUAUAUGUAGACAUAAGCACUGUGCAACCUUACUGUAACACCAUCUCUUUCAGAUUUUUAAAAGUGUUUGUUAAGUCUUUGUAAACAGAAAUUGAAAAUGACCUUGUACCUUGCAAGAAUGCUUUCUUAAAAUCAGAAUAGGUCAGUAUUCUUAAUGUCAUUGCUUUGCGGCUGUAACUGACUGACUAUCAGUUUAUCAGCAACAGGACAAGGUGACCAACCACUGAACAGCCCUCAAAUGGCAUUAAGUGAAAGGGACUUUUUGAUAUCCAAACUUAGAUUUCAGGAUAUGCUGAAACAAACCAGCAUUCUUUAGGGACUGACUCAACUUACUGAGCAUCAUUUCUAAACAAGGCAUUAUUAAGUGUGUGUGUCAAAAAUUGUCUUGGUCAAUGUUUGCCAAAGAAGUUCAGGAAGUGUAUUUCUAGUUCAGUAGUCAUUUGCCCAGAAAUUUAAGAGAAAGUUACCGCCAGCUGUGCUGUAAUAUCUGCAUGCUUGACUCUUCCAACAAUGUGAUUUACAACAAUGAACAUUUCAAGGCAUUUGCUACUAAAAUCUGUGAUGUUGCACCCUUGGCCUUACAAAUGCUUCUUUAUUACUGGUCUUCUUUAUGUGUUAAACUUAGAGGACACGAGUGUUAAAUGUGACUCUGUCCUUAUGAUACUGAUUUUUUUUCAUUGUUAUUUAUGUUUCAGUCACUUUGAAUUUCAGAGGAAGCUUCAUUAUCAUUUAGAUUUUUUCUCCCAAACUCUGGCUUGUGCUGUCCACUGAGUGAUGUCAAUUUGUCUUAAAAUAUUCCCUGUUAAGAAAAAUACACUUACAUAUUAAUGUGGAAUUUCGAGGCUUCUGUUAAGAUGUUUGGAAUAAUACAUCAGAUAAAUGCAUGGGCUUUUGUGAUGUACAUAAGCUCAGCUUUUGUUUAACUGUGUCUUGGUUCUGUCUUUUCCCCCUAGAGAGGCUUGCUGUCUUAUGUAACACACCUGUCAUUACGACCAAAAAUUACCUAUACUGAAGACUGAAAAUUACUUCACAGUUUACUCAUCAAAUGGGUCCCAAAAUAAGCCACAGACUACUUAUUGGGACAAAUAAACGGUACAUUUUCCCCAUUUAAAAAAUAUUUCUUUUACACGAGCCUGUAACUUUACAGUUGAAGGAUGCUUUUCAUCACAAGUAGGUUUCACUAAUGUGUUUUGAAAUGUAUGUUCAGCUUAAUUAUUUUCAGCAUUUCCAAGACAUCUCCCAAAAAUGCCUUUUGCUACCAACAAUAAAUGAUGAAGGGGCUGUUUGAAAACCACAACCAGUUUUCUAACUAUUUUUUUAAAACGCUUUCAUUUAAAAAAAAAGGAAAGAAAAGGAAUUCUAGUUUUCACACACACUUCAGAGAUGGAAGCAAACUAUUUGCCUUUUACUCAAAAGCCAGUUUGCCUUUAAGCGAAUUCCCAGCAAAACAGGGAGAACUUCCUCUUUAAAAAAGGUCAACUGAUAGCCGGGUGUUGUGGCGGGCGCCUAUGGUCCCAGCUACUCGGGAGGCUGAGGCAGGAGAAUCGCUGAAGCCCAGGAGUUGGAGGUUGCUGUGAGCUGUGUGAUGCCAUGACACUCUACCGAGGGCCAUAAAGUGAGACUCUGUCUCUACAAAAAAAAAAGUCAACUGAGAAGAGAGGUGAUCUUUCAAAUCAUCAUCCCUCAAGUUUAAUAAUCUCACAUUCUUUUCAUCCUUUUUCUCAAUCUGGAUUUAAAAUUAAGCAUUUUCUUCCCUGUAUUUAUGACUAUUUUGUCACCAGUAGGCCUCCCCAUUUUCUACAAAUAAGAGGUUAUAACACUUCACAUAAUUCUAACCCCAAAGUAAUAAGCUGUUUACAGACUUUAUUUCCUAAACCCUUCCUGUAUGGGGUUCAGAUCAAGAGAAUCAUGAAUCAGAAACAUCUGGGAAGAUCACAGGUGUAAGAGUCUGAGAUCAUCUUUCAAAUUCUGAAGUCACAGACUUGACCUGUCUACUGAAUCGCUAUUCACAGAGGCUCUUCAUGGGCGUCCUGGUGGCAGGGGUUGAGGUCAAACCACACAAAAAAAUGAGAAAGCAAGACUGUGGUGUUUCUUUCAAGUAACGCUUUAUGGCAGUCACACAGCAGAGCUGUUUCCAUUUGCUCCCUCUUCAUCAUGGUCUCCUUCUGCAAAAUGUGAAUAGAAAAAUCAUGAACAUAAUAGAACUGAAUUUUCUGACUUAAGAAAAACUAACAGUUUUAGUUUUUAUCUUGAAAUAUAAAUUAUUUCGGUGGAGUUCUUCAACAUAAGAAUACUCAGAGUUAAUAAUUUAACAUACAACAACAUGAUCAGAAAUAUGACGAAUGUAGGCCUUUUUGUGCCACAGUCCUGUUUUUAAAUUACUGGCAUUGAGUCGAUCUCUUUACUUCUUACAUGGGGUAGGAUGCAGUGAGGGGGACAAGACCUCCCUGGUAAAACUUAAAAUGUCACAUUGCAAGUGCAGUGACUUUAUAAUGUUAACUUAAAUGGAAAAACACUCUGAUUGUUUAACCUUAAUGGGAAAAAAGUCGCGUGGCUUACCAGGAUCACAAUAAAUAGUAGAAGUGACUUUCAACGUGUGUUUUUUGAAAUAAAAGACACAUACUCGUCAUUGAAAAGUUCCUUAUAGGGACUCUGGCAAAUGCUAACACGGUUGCUUUAUGAUGUUUACAAUUCAGAAAAUGCUAUUUAUAGGAGAAAAUCCUCAUUUGUUUAGCAUUGAAAAGCUAAGAGUUGCUUCUUUAAUGUUGAAUAGUACACAGAUGCGUUGAGCAUGGACUUUCUAAAUAUUUUAUAUAUUCAUAUUAAAAAUAUAUUGGGGUCUCACACCCAGAAAGAUGCUAUAUUGUAGAAAUUACUAGCAAGAAAACAGUGUUUCUCAGGAAUGUAGUGAAUUUCAAAUGUAUGUACUUAACCCUCCUCCACCCGCACUCUCUCCUGUAACGUGAGGCUGGUUUAGUGUUGCUAACUUAAUGGAAAACUUUUUCUAAGCAAGUUGGGUGAGCGUGCACUCCACUAAAUAAUGUUGGCCAUUUCCAUCCCUUGUAUGGUCAGUACGUGGAAUCAAUGAUUCCUUUUAGUUUCCAGAAGGGAAAAUAAAUUACAGAAAUCAGUCAGCAUUUCUUCUGAUCAUUAAAUUUUCUAUUUUAAUUUUGCAAUUCAGCAUUCUAACUAGCCGAUAUGAAAGUUACGUGAUAAUCUGUGCUACACUGUGUGUAUAACACCUAGAACCUGUCAUUUAAAAUGCUUAUUCAGGAAAUGAAUGCUAGUUUGAAAAGUAAUAGAUUGUAUUAGUUGUGGUUUUUAAAUUAUUUCUGCCUAUGUUAUAAUUAUUAUAAAACAAAAAAAUUAGUGUUUAUUUGAAUACGGUUGCCCUUUGAUAGUUCCUGAUUUUAAAACACAUUUAAUUAAAUAAAUCUAUCACCUUAUAAAUAAUUAUCUACAAAAUUUCCCAAAGAAAUGCCCAGCCCGUUCACAUGGCACAGACCAGGAAUCUUUUUGUAAAUUAAGCAUGGUGAAGUUCAAUGCCUAAUAAAUGCUUUUUGAUGAUGAACAUUUCUAUAAUGCCUCAUAAGAUACCAUAGUCAAAUCUGUCUCACAUUAAAAUAACUGAAUUUACUUGUGAAACUUGUUAUAUUUUGCUUCAUUUUAAUUAACCUUCAACAGUUAUUCAAAUGGAAUGUAAGUUACAUUUUGAAGGAAGGGAAAUUUUUCCAUUUUUCAUUUUGAUUUAUUUUCUGUAUGAGAGCAGCUGUGUUUUUGAUAGUUUUAUGGUUUGCAUGAAUUAAUAUUUAAAGUGAUCCAGGCCAGCGCAUGGCUAUUGCUGUAAAUCUUGAUGUUUAUUUCUGCCUUAUAAAAUUCUAUCAUGGCCUACCUGGAAUUUAAUAUUCACUGGACAAAUUAAUUGGUCCACUGCACGACUUUUUUUAAUAAGUAGAUUAUUUUACAAACACAUUCGAACAAAUUUAAUUGAAUCUUUUGUUUAGCUUGCCUCUAAGAACUUUUCUUACUAGAACUCACAAAACUUCUCAGCAAAUAAAUCUCCCUUAAGUAGGAAAAGGCUAGAUUUCACGUUUGCUUACUUUGAAUUAGCAGCAAGUUUCCAUGGCUAAAUUUGCCCUUGCAAAGAUGUGAGCAGAAUAACUUCAAAAAUAAUAAAUAUUUUUAUGCUUCAUGAUUCUAGAAUAGAAGCUGUAAAGGCAGCAAAUACUGUUGGUUGUUUACUCUUCAAGCUUCAUUUUUCACAUUUUCAAGUUUAUUGGGUUAAAAAAGGGAGGGCUGUCUUGGAAGGCAGCUACUAUAGAAAACUGCAGUUUGCGUAAAAGAUAAAGUGUAUCUUUCAGCUCCCUAAAAACCCAUUCCUGCUCAAACUGCUGUAGAAAUUGUGAAGCUGCAUGAGUGACAAGUAUUGAAUCUGUGGUUAUAGUAGUUGUCUCAGGUUUAUUUAUCUUGGUGUUUGAUGCACUGUGUUUUCUGAAUAGUUAUUCAAGUUCAGUAAUGAUCAUUUCCAUGCAGUGUUACCUGUCAUUGGCAUUUUGUGAAUGUGCAUGUUUUAAACUGCAGAUUUUAAACAUUUUGUCCUCUAAUUGUUAUUGAAAGUGAAAUAAACUUUACCAUUAC